ACUCUCUCUCUCUCUCUCUCUCUCUCUCUUGACCUCCAUUUUACCAAAAACCAAACAAAGAAAAAAGGACCAAGAAGAAAGAACCAAUGUCAAUUUUCAACUACUACCAAUACCAAAGCACCCUUUAAAUCUACUCUCUUUAUCUUUAUUAUUAUUAUUAUUAUUACUACUAUUCUUCUUCUUCUUCUUAUUAUCAUAUGAUCCUGUAUUCUAUUUGUAAUCUAUAAAGCUUGCCACUUUCUAAAUUCUUUUUCUUCAAUUGAUGGUUAUGUUUGUUUGUUUGAUUGAUUACUACCACUAUUACUAGUUUCAUUAAUUAAUUUUGAUCAAAAGUCGUUGAGCUCUCACUUUCUCUUCAGGUUGUUAGUUCCAAUUUGUUUGUUUAUUUGACUCUACUUCAAAGCAACCUCUUUUAUCUACUUCUUCUUCUCUCUAUUAAUACUUAGGAAGCUUCUCUUGAUGGGCUGGUUUGUUUCUUUCUCUUAUUCUUCUCUUUGGAGCUUGAGUUUCUUUGAAUUGAAUCUUUAGCUAUUGCUGAUUCUGAGGUGGGUUUUUGGUGGAGUGAAGUAAAAUUCAGGUGCUUUUGCUGAUAUGGUUGAUUGUAGAAAUUUCGGUCUUUUUUAUUUUUACGAAAGGAGACGCUUAGGGUUUGUUUUUAAACUUGUUUUUGGGUUAUGGUUUGGGUUUGUGGUUCUAAGGCCGGUGGCAGGCGUCAGACCCUUGAAGGAGCGAGCUAGGUCGUGGGGGGACGAGUGGCUAUUUGUUAAAAAAGAUGAAAAUGAUUUGGGUCCAUUUUCUGCAUGGAACAUAACUGGAACUUACCGAGGGAGUUGGAAAUUUCUAGAUUCCACAAACAGUUCUUCCAGGUUUCCAGAUUUUAGGAAAUCCAAUGGUGAUUCCAUCAUUGAAUUAGUCAGCACACCAACAAAAAUAACUGGUGUGCAUUAUGUCCAGGGUGCUAUUAUUUUCCAUGAUGUGUUUGACAAUGCACAUAAUGUCGGCGGUGCUCAAAUUAGAGUCGAAGGUGUUUAUAUAUGGCCCUUUAGACAACUUCGAAUGGUAGCUAACAGUGGAAAAGAGGCAGAGUUGAGCCAAGAAGAAGAUUAUAUCUUAUCUAAUCCAUAUCAUUUGCUUGGAGUAUUCUCAUCUCAAGUGUUCCAGGAAUCUCCACGAGAUAAAUUAUGGAGAAGAAAAAAUUCACCAAUUUAUGAGAUGGAGAAACAUUGUAAUAUUGAAAUUGCAGCCCAAAUUACGCGUGUCUCGUCCAUUCAAAAUGACGGAGAUCGUGAUCGUUAUCACUUAGAAGGGUUAAUGCAGAGUCCUGCUGUUGAUGAUGAUGGGGAUUGCUUCUCUCCCUUACUUCUAAAUGCUACUUCUGUCAACAUUGAAGUCUAUUAUAAUAAAGCAGUGAACUAUACCUUGAUGGUUACUUUUGUCUCUUUCCUCCAAGUGCUUUUGUUGAUUCGACAAAUGGAACAUAGCAACACUCAAUCGGGAGCUGCCAAAGUUUCACUGUUAAUGAUUGGGCAGCAGGCUAUCAUGGAUGCUUAUCUCUGCCUUUUACAUCUGACAGCAGGAAUUUUAGUUGAAUCUUUGUUUAAUGCUUUCGCAACUGCUGCAUUUUUCAAGUUUGUAGUUUUUUCAAUUUUUGAGAUGAGAUAUCUUCUUGCUAUAUGGAAAGCAAGCAGACCUAUUAAUAGUGGUGAAGGUUGGGAGACAAUGAGGCGUGAGCUCUCAGUUCUAUAUAGUCGCUUUUAUGGAAUACUUUUGGGAGGCAUUCUGGUGAUGUACGAGUUCCAUAAUUUUCUGCGACCAAUUCUGUUCCUAAUGUACUCUUUUUGGAUACCUCAAAUAAUCACUAAUGUUAUUCGCGACUCAAGAAAACCUUUGCACCCUCAUUAUAUUUUAGGCAUGACAAUUACUCGGCUAGCAAUUCCAUUAUAUAUAUUUGGAUGCCCUAACAACUUCAUGCGCAUUGAGCCUGACAAGAGUUGGUGCAUGUGUUUGAGUGUAUUUAUGGGAUUGCAAGCAUCAAUUCUUCUUCUUCAACACUACCUUGGUUCUCGUUGGUUCAUUCCUCGGCAGAUUCUACCUGAGAAAUAUAGCUACUAUAGAAGGUUCGAUCAAGAUACAAAUCAUGCCACAGACUGUGUUAUUUGCAUGACUGCAAUUGAUCUCACUCAGCGUUCUAAUGAUUGCAUGGUAACUCCAUGUGAUCAUUUUUUUCAUUCUGGUUGCUUACAAAGGUGGAUGGAUAUCAAGAUGGAAUGCCCGACUUGCCGGCGUUCACUGCCACCAGCUUAGGGAGAUUGUUCCACUUCUGUUUAUAUUACAUAGGAUUGAUUGACAUUGGCCCAACUGUUAAUUACGGUUGACAAAAGAACCCAAAUUUUGCUUGGGUACAUCUUCAGAAGAUAGGUGAGAUAGAGAUGCAAAAGACAUGGAACUUUUCACUGGCGGUGCAAGCCUGCAACCAAUUGUACUUGACAUCCUUUGUAUUAAUUGUAUAAUGUAUAUCUUUAGCACCCUAUGGAAAUUAUACAAAUGCAAAUUACUUCCAAUUGCAUCA